AACAUUAAGUAUAAUUCUUCUUCAUCUUUCUUCUUCCUCUCUAAUACCCAAAAAUCCAUAGAAAAUGCAUAAAUUAUUUGCAGUAAGGUCCUUAAGUUCUGCCAUAGCCAAAAACUUCAAGUCCCUACAAAAUCAACAAGCUGCUUUUUCUACUUCAUUACUAUUGGAUGAUACUCAGAAACAGUUUAAAGAAAGUGUAGCAAAAUUUGCUCAAGAGAAUAUAGCUCCUUAUGCUGAAAAGAUUGAUAGAACAAACAGUUUCCCAAAGGAGAUUAACUUAUGGAAAUUGAUGGGGGACUUUAAUUUGCAUGGAAUUACUGCACCAGAGGAAUAUGGUGGUCUCAACCUUGGAUAUUUAUAUCACUGCAUUGCCUUAGAAGAAAUUAGUCGUGCAUCUGGUGCUGUUGCUGUUUCCUAUGGUGUUCAAUCCAACGUUUGCAUCAACCAAUUGGUGAGAAAUGGAACCCCUGACCAGAAGCAAAAAUAUUUACCAAAGCUUAUAAGUGGGGAUCACAUUGGGGCUCUAGCCAUGAGUGAACCAAAUGCUGGGUCAGAUGUUGUUAGCAUGAAGUGUCGAGCCGAUCGUGUCGAUGGUGGCUAUGUUUUAAAUGGAAAUAAAAUGUGGUGCACCAAUGGUCCUGUCGCUAAUACUUUGAUUGUUUAUGCAAAAACGGAUACGACUGCUGGUUCAAAAGGAAUUACAGCAUUUAUCAUCGAAAAAGAAAUGUCAGGAUUCUCAACUGCACAGAAAUUGGACAAACUUGGGAUGCGAGGAAGUGAUACGUGUGAACUUGUAUUCGAGAAUUGCUUUGUUCCUAAAGAAAAUGUUCUAGGGCAGGAAGGAAAAGGAGUGUAUGUUCUAAUGUCGGGGCUAGAUUUAGAACGACUUGUUUUAGCAGCAGGACCGGUUGGAAUAAUGCAGGCAUGUAUGGAUAUUGUUAUUCCUUACGUUCGACAAAGGGAGCAAUUUGGAAGACCAAUCGGCGAAUUUCAACUUAUACAGGGAAAACUCGCUGACAUGUAUACUGCUUUACAAUCUUCAAGAUCAUAUGUGUAUGCUGUUGCAAAGGAUUGUGACAACGGGAAGAUUGAUCCAAAGGAUUGUUCUGGGACCAUACUACUUGCAGCUGAAAGAGCUACUCAAGUUGCUCUUCAGGCAAUUCAAUGUCUAGGUGGAAAUGGAUAUAUAAAUGAAUAUCCAACAGGACGUUUACUAAGAGAUGCCAAAAUGUAUGAGAUUGCAGCAGGAACAAGUGAAAUAAGAAGACUUGUAAUUGGUCGUGAGCUCUUUAAACAUCAAUAAGUAAUUACAAAUUAUAAUUAAUUAGGGGAUCCUACAUUAUUUAAUUUCUUCUUAUAUCCCCAAAAAAUUGUAUGUUUAAUCAACAAAUUAUAUAUCUUGUUCUCGAUGUUCAAAAGGUUGCAGGAAAGUUUGACCCGA